GGCGGCGGCGGAGGCGGCGCCAGGCCCGGCGGGCGCGGAGCGGAGCCCGCGGCUCCCGGUCCCCGCCGCUCCCGCGCCUUCGAACGCGGCGGCCCCGCCGUUCCAGCCCAGCGCGGGCCCGGCGGCGGCUCCCGGAGAUGGCGGAGUCCGGCGGGGCCGAGUUCGGCGCGGAGCGGCCGAGCAGCAUGGCUGACAAGAACAGCACCCUGAAAUGCACGUUCUCUGCUCCUGGCCACAGCACCACUCUGCUGCAGGGACUGGCCUCGCUCCGAGCUCAGGCUCAGCUGCUUGAUGUCAUCCUCACUAUAAAUAAUGAAGUGUUUCAGGUUCAUAAAGUUGUCUUGGCUGCCUGCAGUGACUAUUUCAGGGCGAUGUUCACGGGCGGGAUGAGAGAGGCCAGCCAGGAUGUGAUCGAGCUGAAAGGUGUGUCUGCCAAGGGCCUGAAGCACAUCAUAGACUUUGCCUACAGCGCCGAGGUGACUCUGGACCUCGACUGCAUCCAGGAUGUGCUGGGAGCCGCCGUCUUCCUCCAGAUGGUGCCUGUGGUGGAGCUGUGCGAGGAGUUCCUGAAGUCUGCCAUGAGCGUGGAGACGUGCCUCAACAUCGGGCAGAUGGCCACCACCUUCAGCCUCUCCUCCCUGAAGGAAUCCGUGGACGCCUUCACCUUCAGGCACUUCCUGCAGAUCUCCGAGGAGGAGGAUUUCCUCCACCUGCCCCUGGAGCGCCUGGUGUUCUUCCUGCAGAGCAACAAGCUCAAGAGCUGCAGCGAGAUCGACCUGUUCCGCGCCGCCGUGCGCUGGCUGCAGUACGACCCCGCGCGCCGCGCCAGCGCCAGCCGCGUCCUGUGCCACAUCCGCUUCCCCCUCAUGAAGUCCUCGGAGCUGGUGGACAGCGUGCAGACCCUGGACAUCAUGGUGGAGGACGUCCUGUGCCGCCAGUACCUGCUGGAGGCCUUCAACUACCAGAUCCUGCCGUUCCGGCAGCACGAGAUGCAGUCGCCGCGCACGGCCAUCCGCUCGGACGUGCUGUCCCUCGUCACCUUCGGCGGCACGCCCUACACCGACAACGACCGCACCGUCAGCUGCAAGGUCUACUGCCUGCCCGACCCGGGCGGCCGCCAGUUCAAGGAGCUCACGGAGAUGGAGGUUGGGAGCAGCCACUCCUGCGUGGCCGUGCUGGACAACUUCGUCUACAUCGUGGGCGGGCAGCAGCUGCAGUACCGCAGCGGGGAGGGAGCCGUGGACGUCUCCUACCGCUACGACCCGCACCUCAACCAGUGGCUGCGCAUCCAGGCCAUGCAGGAGAGCAGGAUCCAGUUCCAGCUCAACGUCCUGCGCGGCAUGGUGUACGCCACGGGCGGCAGGAACCGCUCGGGCAGCCUGGCCUCGGUGGAGAAGUACUGCCCCAAGGACAACGAGUGGACCUACGUGUGCUCCCUCAAGCGCAGGACGUGGGGCCACGCCGGGGCCACGGUGGGGGACAGGCUGUACAUCUCGGGGGGCUACGGCAUCUCCGUGGAGGACAAGAAGGCGCUGCACUGCUACGACCCCGCGGCCGACCAGUGGGAGUUCAAGGCGCCCAUGAACGAGCCGCGGGUGCUGCACGCCAUGGUGAGCGCCAGCGGCAGGAUCUACGCCCUGGGCGGCCGCAUGGACCACGUGGACCGGUGCUUCGACGUGCUGGCCGUGGAGUAUUACGUGCCCGAGAGCGACCAGUGGACCACGGUGAGCCCCAUGCGCGCCGGGCAGUCGGAGGCCGGCUGCUGCCUGCUGGAGAAGAAGAUCUACGUGGUGGGGGGUUACAACUGGCACCUCAACAACGUCACCAGCAUCGUGCAGGUCUACAACACCGAGACGGACGAGUGGGAGAGGGACCUGCACUUCCCGGAGUCCUUCGCCGGGAUCGCCUGCGCUCCCGUGAUCCUGCCCCAGGUGCCCAGCCAGAGGUGACCCCGGUGGUGCCCCCCCUGGGCCCUUUGCUGCCUGCAAAAGCUGCGUUUUGGGGGGAGAGGGAAGGAGAAAACCAACCUGGGUUCGUUCCCUCCUCCCUGAUGUCCCUCCUGCUCCCGGGGAGCCCUGGCAGGAGCAGCCCGGCAGCAGCGCUUGUCAGCCAGGCAGAGCGAGCAGAUGUUACAGCUGGGAAAGGCUCUUCUCUCUCUCAUCUGGGUGGUUUUCUUUUUUCACUGGUGAUGGGGGGGAAAGCGGGGGUGCAUUUUGCCAACUUUUUGUAUUUUUGAUGGUGUUCCACGCUGCAAACGGUGGCAGCUCAGCGGUCACUGGGGUCUGUUUCAAAGAGAUCAGGUGGGGUUUUUUAUUUAUUAAUAUCUCCCCAAAAAACAAACAAACAAACAAACAAAAUCAUUGUAUGUCACUCUGGUGUUUUUUAGCAGACAAAAAAAGCCCAACCAACCAAAACCUGUGUAACACACUGACCUCCAGAAGCAAUAAAGGCACCGUGGGAGCUACAAGAUCUCAGGUGCUUUUGGACUGUGGAAGCAUAUUCCCAUUUUUCAAAGGUGACUUUCCCUUUUUUACCUGCCUGAGAAAGGGAAUUCUUAGCCCUGCACACCUCUGGUCUUCGUUGCUUGGAUCUCACUGCAAUUCCUCGCCCCCCCUCCAGACACUCCAGAAAUUCUCCCCUCAUCGGGGCGUGCAGAGGUUGCAGCACUAAAGCCAUGGUUGAAAGCUCGAUUAUGUGUAAACUGGCACGAUUAUUUGGUUUUAUAACUGCCAAAAACUUGGCUUCCCUGGCAAUAAGAGCUCUGCAGUCGUCCCUCUGGGCUGACCCCCGAGGCCAAGAGCUCCUGCAGGGUGUGGGUCAGGACCUUCCCCUUCCUGCUCUCACCAGCACACGCUCAUCCAAACUCUUCCUGCAGCGAAGGAGGUGGGUGCUACUCUGUCAUCAGCCUGAAGGUUUUCUUCCUUGCCGUGGAAAUGAGGUACCUGACCUGAUAAAGUGAUGGAAUUCCGAGCGGAGCAGGGCCUCGUUGUCGUGGUGGGGUUUUCAAUUCGACAGGUUCAUUUUGAGAUGACUCCAUCACCUUUGCAAAGGACUGUUACUUCCUGAACUUCCCUCUCCUCCAAGCCAUCUUUCCUCUUUAAUUUGAUUAAUGAAUUGAAAGGUUCUCCUCUCGUCAGGAGUUCUGUUUCAAGGGCUUUGUUUUGUACCUGUGUCACGAUUUGUGGAGGGGCUGUUUCGUUCUGCUGGGAAAGAAAUCCCAGCCUGCAACCUUUUAGUGGUGACAUGUAAUGUCUGGUUUGCUGGUGAAUCACUGAGAGGUCUGUGUAAAGCAUGAACUCCACACCUGGGAGCCACUGGAAGAGAUUUUUCUGGAGUGGUGGAGCCGGGGCAGCCCUGGGUGGGUCUCGGGGAGACUCUGCGCUCUGGGUUGCAGGUCAGGUGAUGCAUCAUUUCCUCUGUUCCCCUCUGUUUGCUGGUUUGCCAAUAAUAAACUGAUGAAAAGUC